ACGCAAUCUUAGUAAAGCCCAAAAAUCAAGGUUCAACUAUUCUCGGCUAUCACUUGGUAUGCGGCUUAGUUUCUAAUAGGAAGAGGUGCAACUCGCUAAAGGAAAGUCAGAGCAUCAGCAAACAUGGGAGACUGGGGAUUUCUCUCAGCGUUAUUAGACAAAGUACAGUCUCACUCCACCGUCAUCGGCAAAAUAUGGAUGAGCGUCCUCUUCAUCUUCAGGAUCCUGGUGCUGGGAGCGGCGGCGGAGAGCGUGUGGAGUGACGAACAAUCUAGUUUGGUUUGCAACACGUUGCAACCUGGUUGUGAGAACGUGUGCUACGACUGGCAGUUCCCCAUCUCGCACAUCCGCUUCUGGGUCAUGCAGAUCCUAUUUGUGUCCACUCCAACUUUGGUGUACCUCGGCCAUGCGGUGCAGGUCAUCCACCAAGAGAAAAAACUCAGGGAGAAGAUAAAAAGCCUUGGCGAGGGCCACAAGUUGAAGUCACCCAAAUACACAGAUGAAAGUGGCCAUGUCACGAUUAAAGGAAACCUCCUCGGCAGUUAUCUGACCCAGUUGUUUUUUAAAAUCAUCCUCGAGACUGCGUUCAUCGUUGGACAGUAUUAUUUAUACGGCUUUAUUAUGAUCGCCAAGUUUACAUGUUCCCAAUCUCCUUGUCCUUACACCGUAGAAUGUUUCAUGUCCCGUCCCACAGAGAAGACUAUCUUUAUCAUUUUUAUGCUAGUGGUGGCCUGUGUGUCUCUGCUACUGAAUGUCAUAGAGGUGUUUUACCUGCUGUGCACCAGGGUGGGAUGCAAGAAACGCUCGCAUCACAUCACUUCGCCAAGGAACCCCGCCAGUUUGCCAUCUUCCUGGCAGAUGACCUCGGAAGACGCUCUGAGGCAGAACAAAAUGAACAAGCAGUAUGAGAGCGGUCAGAGUCUUGGAGGAAGCCUGGAUGGGGCGAAAGAAGAAAAACAAUUGAUGGAAGACCAUUAGAUUUGGACUUUUGUAUCUCAGAAAUGUAACAAUUCUGCCAAGUUUUAAGAUAAACAUCUCUACAGUUCAUUUUCCAAAGCCCUUGACUGAUUGUCCAGUAUUUUACACACUUGAG